GAGGAGGAGGAGGAGGAGGAGGAGGAGGCGGAGGCAUCAUUGGAGCAGAGGGAGGAGGAGACCUGUCCUCCAUCAACGCCAUGAUGUCAGCAGUGAUGUCAGCAGCAGGGACCAUCAACGGCGGAGGAGGAGGAGGAGAAGGAGGGAGCGGAGUCACCUCCGGCCACUCCUCCGCUGGCCCCUCCCCCAGCCCCUCCCCCAGCAAAACGCUCACGUCGGCCAUGAGAGCCCCGCCCAGCCGCAACGCCCGACGCAACCAGGACACCAAAGAUGACGGCUCAACUCACAUUUGUCCACUGUGUGACAAGAGCUGUGGGUCACAACACCAGCUGACCAUGCACAUCAGACAGCACAACGCAGACACCGGCGCGACGGAUCACUCGUGCAGCAUCUGUGGGAAGUGCCUCAGCUCGGCCUCGUCGCUCGACAGACACAUGCUGGUCCACAGCGGGGAGAGACCCUACAAGUGCUCCAUCUGCGGACAGACCUUCACCACCAACGGCAACAUGCACAGACACAUGAAGAUCCAUGAGAAGGACCCGGCCAGCGGUCUGCUCCCCGUCAGCCCCCCCUCCCCCACCAAACGCCGCCGUCCGUCCGUCAAGAGGAGGCAAGGCCUGGAGGAGGAGAACGGAGAGGAGCCGCCCAGCAAGAAGGUGGUGGAGGACGUGGCGUCGGAGGAGUCGGCGGCGGCGAUUCGCGGAGCGGAGGAGGAGCUGCUGCCGUGUCCGAUCUGCUUCAAGACCUGCAGCUCCAGACUGGAGCUGGACGCACACAUGGACACACACCCCGACACUGCACUGAGGUGUGAUUUCUGCUGCCUUUCUUUCCGAACCCACCGUGGCUUGUUGCGCCACAACGCAGGUGUUCAUAAGCUCCUCCCCCAGGACCCCAGCGGGCGGCCCUUCAUCCAGAACAACCCCUCCAUCCCCACCGGCUUCAACGACCUGGCCUUCAUCGACUUCUCCUGCAAAAAGUUUGCUCACAUUGCACAGGUCUGGUGUGAAACAAACCUUCGUCGCUGCAUCAGUAAGUUCCAUCGGUUUGUCUGCGACUGCUGUGACAAGGCGUUCCCGCUUCGCUCUGCCCUGGACCUCCAUAAAACCACCGCCCACCAUGACAAACCCGCCGCCGCCGCCGCCGACACGGAGGAAACGGAGGAUGCAGCGGAGGACGUUCCGCAUUCUGAGCAGGCCGGCUUCCUGGAGGUGCUGGGUCUGCAGCACGUCUCUAAGGUGAAGUCUGGUCCCACAGAAGAUGAGAUCCAUCAGGCCCACCUGGACAGCAUCAAGGUGAUCCACGUGGAGCCACCGUGCUCCAGCCUGCCCCAGGAGCCGGCGUCAGCCUACCUGUCCGGGGGCCUGGGGCUGACUCUGGGGCUGGGUGUGGGGGGGCUGGCGGCCCUCAGCAUCCCGCUGCUGGAGGCCUCAGACUCAGCCUCCGCCCUGCAGGGCCUCUCUCAGAGAGAAGCCCUCAGCCUGCUCUCCCUGCAGCCCUUCCAGGCCGGCUUCCUCCUGCAGCCUGACGGGAGCGCCGCGACGGCCGGCGCUGCUUCAUCAGGCGUCAAACCCAGCGAGGCAGGUGGAGGCGGGAUCAUGGAGCUGGCAGACAUCCAGCAGAUCCUCAAAGUGGCAACUGCAGCGCCCAAUCAGAUGGGACUGACCCUCCCCCCUCUGGCCAAAGCUCCAGGAUUUCCUGGUGGUCAAGGUCAAGUCCAGAGUCAGAAGGCGAUGCCUCCAUUGAAGCCCAAACCUCCCAUCACCCCUCGCUCCAGCCUCACUGCAACGACUCCUCCCCCCCUCCAGAGUUCCCAGCAGGCCUCACUGGGCUGCAUCAGCCCCAGCCUGCCGCCUCCCACCCCCACCCUCUUCAAAACACCCUCCUCAUCCUCCUCAUCCUCUUCUGCGGCUGGGAAUGGAGGGCAGAUGGACGCCGAGUGUAUGGGUGACGCUCACACGCCUUUGUCUGAUUCGCCACCAGCAGCCACCACAGCCGUACAUGAGGAGGCGGGGCUUAGCGGGAGAAAACCAGGAACCAAAGGGGGAAACGUGGGGAACAACGCUGGCUCAGCUAAAGGCUCGUUCCCGUGCCGUUUCUGCGACCAGGUGUUCGCCUUCUCGGGUGUCCUGCAGGCUCACAUGCGCUUCCACCUCGGCAUCAUGCCGCACCAGUGCAACAUCUGCGACUAUGUGGCGCCAGACAAGGCCACGCUAAUCCGACACCUGCGGACACAUAGCGGCGAGCGGCCGUACGUCUGCCGCGUCUGCCACUACCCCUUCACAGUCAAGGCCAACUGCGAGCGCCACCUCAGGAAGAAACACGCAAAGACCUCGAGGAAGGACAUCGAGAAAAACAUCAAGUACGUCACCUCCACCACCACAGCAAACAUCGCCGCGGCGAUCACUGCUGCCACGACAACCACCCAGGACACAGAGACGGGCUGCACAGGAGCUGAGACCACAUGCCGGUUCUGCGGCGAGGACCUGAAGACCUACCGGGCCCUGCAGAUCCACCUGCGCACACACAACGGCUGCCAGAGAAAGCCGUUUGAGUGCCGGCGCUGUGGCGCUGCCUUCCUAGCCAAACGCAACUGCAUCCACCACCUGCUGAAGCAGCACCCCGAGGUGCAGGAGAGGGAGAUCGAGGACCAUAUCACCACACUCCUGCCAGCCGCCGCCGCCGCCGUCGCUACUGCCGCCUCUGCCCGCUCUGCUCCGGUGAAUCAGAUGGCACUGAACGGGAUCAGACAGCUUCCGCUGCAGGCGGUGAAGGUGGAGGAGUUGGCUAACGUGGUUUAUCCUGCAGAACUGGACCAGCCGCUGGACUUUUCGGCCAAGAGUCGCGUAGACGUCAGCCAGGCGGGGUCUCCUGGGGUCAAACUGGAGAGCGUCUCCCCCAGCUUUGACUGCUCCGUCAUGGACCAGCCCAUCGAUCUGUCCAUCCCCAGCAAGAGGCAGAGGAGGGAGGCAGCGAGCGCCGGAGAGAAGAGGGAGAUUAAGACGGAGCAGAGCGGCAGUAGCAUCGAGCAGCACGCUCUGGCUCUGUCCAAGGAGGAGAAGUCUGCUAGCGCCCUGCCUCCUCUACACCCUCAUCCCCAGCUUGGCUGCUACCAGCUCCCCCCCGGAUCCACCCCUCCCCCCUCCUGCCUCCCCAACCUCAACAACUCUGGGCGACCUCAGCGCCUCAAACCCCUCCUCCCCAAACCGACCACCUCCACCUCCUCCUCCUCCUCGCCCUCCACCGCCCUCAAGGAGCUCCCUCCUCUGGCCUCCAUCGCUCAGAUCAUCCACUCCGUCUCCGGAGCUCCAGACCUGUUGAAGAGGGAGGCCGCCUCACUGGACAGCAAACCCCAGGCGGCUGUCGCUUCCUCUCAGGCUGAUUUGGCCACCGACGGCCCCGGACCCUCCACUGGUCUGGAGACGCAGAACGACGAAACGUCUGAGGGAACAUCAAGGAAGCGGACCAGAAAGAAAACCGCUGCCCUGGCAGUGAAGGAGAAGGCUGCUGCGAGCGGCGGCGGCGGCGGCGGCGGCAUCGACCUGGAGUCCAGUGGGGAGUUCGCCAGCGUGGAGAAGAUGUUAGCCACCACUGACGCCAACAAGUUCAGCACCUACCUGCAGACCGGAGCCGCAGACCUUGGAGGAAAGAGAGAUGACAGAGCAGCAGCAGCAGGAGGAGGAGGAGGAGGAGGAGGAGGAGGAGGGGAGGAGAAGGAGGGAGGAGCGAGAGAGGAGGGGAAACCAUCGCUGGUUCCUCAGUCCAAAGGGAAGAAGAACGCCUACUCCAACUCUGUCCAGAAGAUGACCUGCCCCUUCUGCCCCCGAGUGUUCCCCUGGGCCAGCUCGCUGCAGAGACACAUGCUGACACACACCGGCCAAAAACCAUUCCCCUGUCCUAAGUGUGAUGCCUUCUUCUCCACCAAAUCCAACUGUGAGCGCCACCUGCUGAGGAAGCACGGCGUGACCAACAGAACGCUGCGACGCAACGGCGCCCUCGUGAAAAAAGAGGGCGACGAAGGCUCGCACGAGAGCGCAGAGAGUCAGUCAGAGACGGAGCAGGUCGCACCAGAAGCACAAGACCUCAGCAGCACCACCACCAGCCCCGCAGACUCAGGCUCCGCCCCCAUCACAGACCAGAGACCCGCCCCCUCGGAACAGCAAGGGGCGGGGCCGACAUCACCGAGCCCCUCCCACAAAUCAAGCCAAGGUUGCAGUCCAGCUGAAGAUGGUGCAGAGCAGCUGGAGACAGAAACCACAGAGCAGCCAGAGCAGCAGCAGCAGCAGCAGCAGCAGGGGGCACCAGAGAGCAGGCCAACACAGGAAAAACAGCCUCCGCAGAGCAGCAGCACAAAGCUGGAGAGCACAGACGAUGAAGAUUGCCACAGCAACAAGAGUCUGGAUCUUAACUUCGGCAAAAAGCUCAUCGACUUCAAGCUCUCCACAUCCUCCUCUGCCCCCGCUCAGGAAGUGCAACCCUCCCAACCCACCUCCUCUUCCUCCUCUACCUCUGCUCCCCAGAUAGCGAUGGAGAGCCCGGAGGAGCAGAAAGAGAGAGGCGCUACAGCCUCCUCCUCCUCCUCCUCCUCCUCCUCUUCUUCCUCCACCUCCACUAGCCCCGUGGUGAAGCAGCAGCCGGAGUACAAACACGUGUGUCGAGUUUGUAAGAAGAGUUUCCGUUACGCCACCACCCUCGCACGCCACGAGAGGGCGCACCUCUCUGAGGAGACGCCGACGCCAGUUGAGGAAACCUCGCCGGUGAAAGAGGAGGAGACGGAGAGUAACGCCGCCAAACCGACGGAGGAGGAGAAAGAGGAGGAGCAAAAGAAGGAGGCAGAGAUGGAGGUGGAGGAAGGAGUGAAGGGAGGCGAGAGCGAAGAGAGCGGCGAGUCAGAGGAGGAGGAGAAGGAGAAGGAGGAGCGCAGCGACGAGGAGGCGUCAGAACCAAAGAGUUUAGAGGGAGGAGAGGCGUCAGGAGGAGGACGAGUGGACAAGAGGAAGAAGAUCUGCAACGUCUGCGGCAAACGCUUCUGGUCUCUGCAGGACCUGACCAGACACAUGAGGUCACACACAGGUGAGCGGCCCUACCAGUGUCAAACCUGUGAGAGGACGUUCACCCUGAAGCACAGCCUGGUUCGCCACCAAAGGAUCCACCUGAAACCCCGCGGAGCCGACGGCGCUUCUGCUGUGAACGAUGACGCCGCCAGCGAGGACGGAGACUCCUGCACCCCGACUCCGACCUCCACCUGCCCGCCGUCGGAGAACGAAAGCGAGUGCGGCAGCGGCACCGCCGGGGGCAAGGACCUGGAGGAGGCAGAGGAAAGAGGGGAGGAGGGCGAUGGUCAGCGGGAGGCGAGUGACGGAUCAGAAUCGGCCACGUUGGAGGAACAAAGCCCUAGAAAACCAGCAGAGUCUGAAUCGGAUUCAGCCACAGAGCUUGUGAGCCAGACCUCAGCAGAACCGCAACCAACCGCCGUCACCACUGACGAACCAGACGUUGAGGAAAAAUCGGAACUUUCUGCGACACAAGUCCCCGCUGACAUGACCCCCAGCCAACAAGCUACUGACACAAAGACUAACGACGCAGCAGGUGGCGACUCCUCAACCAGCGACCCGACAUCAACGCCUGACUCAAACAUCUCCAAAGACCCCUCUUCCUCCUCCUCCAGCUCUCCACCUGAGGAGCCCGUGGCAGCCGCCCCCGCAGAGGGCUUCAUCCAGGGGCUGCUGGAGAUCCAUACCAAGCCCCCCCUGGAGCACAUCCUGCCCAACGGAGAGCCUCCUCUAGUGGGGGUUGACUGAGGAGAAACUCCCCCGGCUGUCUAAACCAACGUCACCACAGUGCCAUACGAUGGAAAGACGCUACACCAUUGAUGAUGAUGCAAAAACCAGCCCGGAAAACUUUUUGAUAGAAAGAAAGACGAACCUCGUUUUCUUGAAGUGCCUUACUACUAGUCCUACUUCUAAGAGAUGUUUUUUGCUAUAUCUUUAUCUGCAUUAUUACGGAGGAUGGAUCUAAUUUUUAUAGCUUUUUAUGAUGACAAUGAUUUGCAUUACUAUUUUUUGUGCGGGGAAUCUAUAUUUCAGCAAUAAAAAGAAUAAAGUUACGAUUUAUUAUUGUUCUAGAUUCUGUUUGAGAAUUGAUGAUCAACUUAGGAGAUGCAGAGAGACAGACAGUGACUGAGAUGGACUGUCAGUAUCUGCGCUUAUUCUUCUGUAUUUAAAUCACAGCUGGGCUCCAGCCACACAACAGAGACUAAUCCAAUUAUUAAAAUUUGAACCAGCUCUGGAUUUAAGAGCAAAAACUAGCCAGGGUGGGGAACUUGACUUUCCGCCAGCCACUGCGGCUUUCCAAAAUUCACCAGCCACGUUCCCUGUUUGAGCAGCCGUUUAGAUAAUUUUGGAUUUAAACGUACCUACAGGUGAUGGCUGGGAGGCCGCCGAAAUGGCUGGUGGUGUCACCAGCAAGCGGGCCGAUGACUGCUGCUCAUCUCCCACUAUGUGACUUUUGUAACUGGAAAACAUGGCAGGCAGACGAACAGAAAGGCCGGCAUCUCGUCACGGUGCCUUUACUGCACCGCCGCCAAUCCCCGAGUCUCAGCUGGUUCAGAAAACACACAAAAACACUCACGAACUCGUCAACGUCGCAUCAGAUUUCUGUGUGAAAAAGAACUCUGAAAGGGCAGAUAUAGUGUUUGUGUUCUCCAUGUUGUUUUUUUUUAAAACCCAUCACACUAUUGAUCCCUUUAUCCCUCGAAGCCACCCUGUGAGUUGGUUUGUGUGUUAAUAAUUUCUCAUUCAUAAUCAUUCUCAGUUGAUUCCAUGUGUGUACAGAGUCGAACAUGUGGCACGUGAUGCUAGAGUAUUUUCUGUUUAUUUGCGUGUGUGCGAUUAUCAGUGAUAUUUAGGUGUAGGGAGGGGAUUUCUUGUUUUUUUUUUUUUUUUGUGGAUUUUUUUAUAACUGAACAAAUCAAAAUUUUUGUUGUGUUGGAAUGUGUGAGACUCCCACCUGUCUGUCAUCCUAGCCCCCUAGUGUUCAUGUAGGGUUUAUUACAGGGCCUCUGGCGUGCUAAUGUAUAUUGCCGCUAACGGCUGACCCAGGUUCAGUUUACCUCAACCUCUGCUUUUAACUGCAACCAUUAAAACAACAGAAGUGCAGCUCUGUAGGCAACCUUUUAAAUCCUAUGUCUUCCUAAUCAAGGCGAGCAGGACUAAUUCUUUGCUAGCCUGGUUUCCACUGUGGGCCAAAUCAGAGCUACCAAGGGCUAACUCAUUAGCCUGGCGCUAAACACAGCAAAGCAGGGCUAGCACGCCUAAGUCGUUACUGGCUUGGCUUGCACAAUGGCCCAAACAGAGCUAACGAAGGCUAACAACAGUCUAGCAUACAAAUAGCAAGGCUAUUGCUAGCCUGGUUUACGCAUUGAGCCUUAACACACACACACACACACACACACACACACACACACACACACACACACCAGAAAAACAGCGCUUACUUAGUAGCUUAGUCUUCACCACGACUUAUAAAAUGGUUAACACUAGCUAGCUGGAGUUAUUAGCCUGUAUUCUGGUGUGACUAAACAGAUAUCAACCACAGAGCUAACAGACCGGACAAGUUAACCACAUUAACGCAUUGUUAGCUUGGUGAACCUGUCUGUUAGCUCUAGCUAGCUCUAAUCAUUAGCCUGAGCUUUGCUUUGUGGUACCCUAAGAUAUCAACCACAAGGUAAAAACACAUGUUAGCUAGGGCUAACUGACACCGGGCAAGUUAACCAAGCUAAGGCAUUGCUAAGAUGGUUAACAGCAUAUCUAGCUAAUAGCGGGUUUAGCUAGUCUCUUUCUAGUAUUAUAGCCGAAUCUUGAGUUGGCCCCUGGAACACUUUAGUACUGUUUGUCCCUGUUUAGUCAUUCAUCCCUCUUUCCUGUUCCUUUCUAUCCAGAGACAAACAGAACCGCUAAAAUAAUUUUAAUUACUACAUUACAUAUCCUUCAGUUUUUUUUUUAGAAACAGCUAAACUGAACGGUCAAACUCAGUGUUGAUGUAUCAUCCCUGAGGUCAUUAGAUACCUGAAGACGUGGUCAUGAAUUAGCGUUGGAGACAAUCAGAUAUAUUUUUCAAAUGAUGGAGUGAACGUCAGGCUAAACGGAUGAAACUUUAAAACUAAACCCCUCAGUUUAAUCUCAGUGUGCUUUCCAGAAGAAGCUAGAUGACAAGGUGAAAGGGAUGGAUGGAUGGAUGCAUGGACGGAUGGAUGGAUGGAUGGAUGGGUGGAUGGAUGGAUGGGUGGAUGAAAGGACAGACAAGGAAAGAUGGAUGGAUGGGUAGGUUGGGGGGUUGAGAGCGCAACACUAUUUUGUGCUCCUGAACUGUAUUUCCCUGCUGCACACACAAACACAAGUUAAAGGGCUAAUUCCUCCCCCUCACACCAACCUAACCAGACAUUUCCUUAUUGAUCCUGUAAUCACAACCAGAGGGACGGGUAGUGUGUAUGUGUAUUUUCUUUUUCGUGUGAAGAUGAAUAUAGCUAAUUUUUCUUCUUGUACAUUUUCGUCUCUUUGUUUUUUUAUAUCAAGCAACCUCAUAAGCAAAACAAAUCGAACCUCAGCGGCUCAUAACGGAACUGUAAAGCAACGACAGUCAGUCAUUUAGUUGGUCAAAAAAAAAAAAAAGAAGAAAAGAAAUAAUGAUCAACCGCAACUGGACUGACUGGCUGACUGACUGGACGCUGCUGUGAACUGGCACUAACAACUUCCAAAACUACUACUACUUCUACUACUAGUACUACUACAGUGGUAUAUCGCGACACAAUCAAGAGAGAAAGAGAGUGAGAGAUUCCCCCAGUUUGUCUAAACGUUUGUACAUCACGCUCAACCUUGUAGUCCUCAACAACACCUGAUAUUGUUACUGAACACCUAUCACACUGCAAAUUAUGAACAGCAGUUGCAGUCCUAAUAUCAAAUCAAAAGACAUUUAAGGUCUGGAGAAAGCAAGGAAAUUGAUAUCAGAGUUUACAGUAUGAAUAUAACAAAGGCUCAGAACUCCUGAGGUGUAAAGUUUUGAGUCCAGGAGUGUGUCUGAAGUAAAGCUGAAACUAAUUUCCCAACUUCCCAGCUAUUAUUUCAGAGUCAAAUCAAUUUCUUUAAUAUGGAGCAACUUUAUUGUGUCCAAAUGGAACCAUCUAUUGUCUCUUUUCUUGCUUCAACAUUUCCCUGCUCCGUCAUUACUGACGGCUAACGCCUUCUUGUAAAAUAAGCCAGUGAAAGUUACAGAGAAACUAAAGAUGUAAUAUAGACAUCUUAUUACAGAAUUAUCUAUGUAAUGAAAAAGCUUUGUCCAAUUUUGGGGGUUUCACGGUUGGAGAUUUGCACAGGGGCAAGAAAAGAUUUUGGUCUUAAUCAAACAAAAAAUGUCAAUCUCAAAAUUCUCUCCCAGCUACUCAGAGUAGUUCCAAUUCGUGAGCAGUGAUGCGGAAGGAAAAUUUAAUUUACCAUUUAAAAAUGACUCCUCCAGUCGCUAAAACCCUCAGUGUAUAUUUGAGUCUUUUAGCAGUUGUAGUACCUCUAGUGGCUACUUUCUUAUAUUAAGGCCCAGUCACACCAGAAAGCAGCACAGCAAAGUUCAUCCUCAGGAAAUAUGCAGUGCUAAAACUGUCAUCAACUCGCAAGGCUAGUUGAUGAUCCAUUGUAGCCGGUAAGCUAAUGGGCUAAUACAUUAGCUCUCCAAGUUACAACAGUCAGUUAGCAACCUUGUAGCUUGGGCGCUUAUGAUAAAAUAAGUUCACAUUGAUCACUUGAGACCUUCUUGUACAAUCAACCAUCAUAAUUGAGUCCAUGUCUCUUUUGAGGAGAAGUUUAUAUUCUGACAGAGGAGCGUUUUACAACAGCUAACUAGCUUCAACUAGCUUCCAUUUUGGAUUCAGUGUUCCUCAAAGGUCAGCACCAUGUAGAUGGUUAUCCAUUGGUCAAGGUUGAACCUGACGCAAAAACUCUACACAGAUUUUUUUUUUGCCCAGUGAUGAGACCACUGAUCGCGACAAUUCCAUUGAAAUUUACUGGUCUUGCUGUGAAAUGUCACCAUUUUAAAUGCUGGUGUGAAUGGGCCUUUACAUUCUUGUCCUCCCGAAGUCCACAAAGACAAAGGAAAUUCAGAUUUAAAUCAACAAAACCCAAAACAAAAACCCACGUGAACACUGAUAUCUGCUGGUGAAAGCAGGCUACUACUGAUCUGCCAUUGGCUGGUCUUUGGCACCAAGUAAAUCUGAGUGAUACCGAUUGGUAUCAAAGACCAAUCAAUAGUUCUAUUUCACAGCAGACAUUUUUGCAUGUUGCAGUUUAGCUGUUUCAGUUCCAGGGUCCUGGUUAUAGCACAUGCUGGCUCAUACGCUGACAUGGUUUACAGGGACACUUGGACAGAACAGAGCCUGAUUAAUAUUAUUAGUGACACCUGUGCUUUCCCCUGCUAUGACCAGUCAAAAGUGGGUCUCAGCCUCCACAGAGAAUCUGCUGAAGUUCUUUUCAUGACAUACAGUCAUAAUUACUAGAAUCUUAGUCAGUGUAACAGCUUUUACUGGUUACUUCUGAGUUUUGACAUUCUUUUGAUUUUCAUAUCAGUAAAGGGAUUCUCUCUCUUUCUCUCUCUGAACUGUUUUAUGUUUUGUUAGCUCUAGAUCUAUACACCCCUCUCCCUCGGGAAUAUGCGUUCAUGUAUGCCUGACCGUGUGUGUGUGUGUAUGUGUGUAUGUGUGUGUGUGUGUGUGUGUGUGUGUGUGCACGGCCAUAUGAAUACUGGACUUCCAUUCGAAUGCACAUGGACUGUUUUUAAUGUAUUUAUUUGGAGCCCAGGUGUGUGUGUGUGUGUGUGUGUGUGUGUGUGUGUGUCAGUGUGAGUUAGUUUCUACAAUGACUUGAGAAGAAGCCAUGUAUUAAAAAUAUCACAUUUAUGCUGCAGAACUGUUUUGAGGAACUGAUGGUUUGUGUUGUGGACUAACCGGCUUGCCGUAGGGUGCAGUGGGCCGGGGUGCGAAUCGGACUAGCAAUAAGAAUCCCUCUGAAUCCAAAAGCUUUAUGUAGAUCUCCUGUAUAUGAGUUGAGAACAGACUGUGUGGGUCUAUUGGAUCUGUUGUUGUUUAUUUUUAGUUUGGCUGAGAAAUGAUUUUUGUUGUGUAAUUUUUUUCUUCAUGACAUAUAAAUGCGUAUAAAACUGUGAAAAUCCAUUUUGUUCAGUUAAAGGGUGAGUUUUAGGCUAGGUUUUUUUUUUUUGCAUGUUAAUCUAAUUUGUUCAAUUAUGGAUGAUUUAUCCUUUCUCCAUCUCUUCUUGCGCUAUACACAAACAUACAUAUAUAUGUGAGUGUGUGUGUAUGCAUAUAUAUAUAUAUAUAUACAUACAUACAUACACACACACACACAUAUACAAACAUACAUGAAUCUCGCUCUCAGGGUCUUUCACAAAUCCAUUAUUCGAAAUACUUCAUGUUCUUAUUUCCUGAGUUGCAAUUUGUUUUUUCCAAGUCCUGAUUAUUUUGUCUUUUUUAAAAAAAAAAAUGAUUCAGAACUGUCAAUCACUACAUUUAGCACUUGACUGUGAACUCAUCAUUACCUAACAGAAAAGAUGAAAGAUGUUGAAUUUUGGUGUUUUAUAACCCAAUUAUUGUUGACAUUUUUGUUCUGUUCUCCCCUCUCACUCGGACAUUUGGUUUAAAAAGCCUUUUUUUUUGUUUUCUGCUUUGGUUUAACAUUCAUGUGGAACUUUCUGUCCUGGUCAGAGGUCAAAGGGAACGUCAUAGAGGAGCUUUAAACACAGACUCCACUAACACAAACACAUACACACAGAUGCUGGACCUCAAUCAGAAAGCAUUAACACACAAUCAAUGGAAGACGUUUACUUUCUGUUGUUGUGUCUCCAUCCUUCCAUCCCCUCGUCUGUCCUCUCAUCCCCCUGCUGUUAGUAAAACAUGACAGUGUUUCACAAAGUCAAGAGAUGUAAACCUGUUCUGUAUUCAACCCAAUAAGAAAAAGCAAUAAAGAUUAUAUUAAGGAAAGGUGUGUGAAUCAAA